AUGAGGAAAAGUUCAUCCUUCUUAUGGAGAGGAGAAGGAGGUGUUUCUACACCCCCUCUUCGACCUUAUCUCUUUAUGGUUCUACUGAUCUUAAUGUGCUGCUUGUUGGUUGCCUUAAUCAUGCCGACCAGUGCUGUUGCCAUCAUCACGAAGAAGAAACGUGAUUCAUCCUCAAACUCUCCGUACGAAGAGAUUCGUUUCAGAGCCAUGGAAAUGAUGGAUGAGCCACGACGGCGUACUCUUGGAAGCUCCUCCUUCGUGCUCUCCGACGAUAAUAAUUUACUUUCACUAAAGAAUCGAGAGAGAUGGAACGCCUUAAUGAAUCGACCCACCCAUCACAUUGGAGAGACCAACAACAACCAUGAAUCGACAGUAGAACCCAAAUAUCAAUUUAUAAUCAAAUUGGCAAUUCCAAAGUCUGUCCAGCCUCGUAACGGUGAUGAUGCUUUCAUCCAUGUAUUGUCGUUGACCUCCAGUGAUGAUGAUGUUGUUAUGGAGAGGAAACAAAUUCAUCAUCCACUCAUGACCAAACUCAUGCGUUCCAACAAUAUUCUCGCGAAUCAUGUUGUUUCAGUGGUCGCAAAAGCCAGUGAAUUAGACAAAUUGAAUCGAGAGAAUCCCAAUCUUUUCGAAUGGGUUGGUACUUUUGAAAACCACUUGAAGAGUACUUUGAAUUUUCAAUUCUUGGAGGAUAAAUCUCGUGAACAAUGGAAUAAGGUGAGAAUAGAUGCUCAAGCUGCUGAUGUUGGUGCUGAUAACGACAACAAUCAAGAUCCUCUAGAUAGGAUCAAAUCAGCCAGAAUGAUGAAGAAGAAUCAUGAGAGAUUGACCGAAACGAUCGGGUCAACACCUUUGCUCCUUGAUGUGGUAAUCUCACUCAUUCCUUCAUUGGAGGCCAUACAAUUAGGAAAGGAACGUCAAGAAUUGCAGCAAAUCGUGUCCUCUCUGAAUGCCUUACUUGAAUCCAAAUUCACAAAAGGGCAAGACUUUACAAUGCUCCACACCACUGGAGACGAUUCUCAAACGUGUGAAAUGAGUUUCUCACCUCUCAAAGCUGCCCAAAUUGGUCAAGUAUUAUUGUCUUAUCCACAUGUGCAUUUCAUUGAGAGAAAAUUGGAGAUGACUCUCCACAAUCGAUUUGCGAGUACACUCAUGCAGCAAGCAACUUCCACAUCCCCCACUACUUCUUCAACACCAUUUUAUGAUAUGGGAAUUUACGGAAGCAAUCAGGUCGUGGCUGUCUCUGAUUCUGGACUCGAUCACGACAAUUGCUUUUUCUAUGAUUCCAAGACCACUCCAACCGUCAAUGUGUUAGACACCAAUCGAAGAAAGGUUGUUUACUAUUCGAGCACCAAUGGAGAUAAUUCAGAUGGUGUCGAUGGUCAUGGUACUCAUGUUUGUGGUGCCAUUGUUGGAUCUAUUGAGAAUCAGGCUUUGAACACAUCUUUGAAUAGAUAUCACGGCAUGGCUCCAGGUAGUAAGAUCUGGUUCAACGAUAUUCAAGCUGGAAAUGGUGGUCUCUCCAUUCCAAAUCCUGUGACUCCACUCUUCCAACAACCCUAUGACAAUGGAGUGAGAAUUUUCUCCAAUUCUUGGGGUUGCGGACCUGACAGUUUCGUGUCAUGCAAUUACGACUGCUCAAACUGUCAAUUAACACGAGCGGUGGGAACCUAUGCCGCAGGAAGUUAUGUCACCAAUGCUGACUGUAAGGCACUUUUUGGAACGACCACAUGUUGUAACAUUUGCAAUGUCUACAGUAGCCAAUGUCAGACCAUUGACAAGUUCUUGUGGGAUCGUAAGGAUGCUGUCAUUUUGUUUUCGCAAGGAAACUCUGGAUACUUGUCUGAAUUCGGCAAUACAGGUUAUCCAGCUGUUUCAAAAAAUACUAUUUCUGUAGGUGCACAUCAUACCAGCAAUGCAGGUUUUGUCGAUGGUGUGAAUUAUGACGAUUUUUUGAAAAAGAUGCAAGAAGCCAAUUUACCAUUCACCUCCACUGCACAAUGUUGUGCCUAUUCAGGAACGAGCUAUCAGGCAGUCAGAGCAUAUUGUUGCCCAACAACCAUUUCACAAAUGUACUCAUCUCAGUCGUCGAUUUACAAUGAGAAUAAUUUGGCUUCUUUCAGUAGUAGAGGUCCUGCAUGUGGAGGAAGAAUCAAACCCGAUGUUGUGGCUGUCGGACACACGGUCAUUUCCACUCACUCGGAUGGCUCUCUAACCACAAAACAAUGUGGAUCACAAAGUCCUCAACUUGGAAACAGUGCCGCACUGUUAUUAAUGAGUGGUACUUCUAUGGCUACUCCAUUGACUGCUGGAGUGGUGAGUUUGCUGCGAGAAUACUUCCAAAAGUAUGCACAAAUCGCGAAUCCAUCAGGCACGUUGUUGAAAGCUGCCCUCAUUCAUAGCGCGACGCCACUCACAGGAAGUGUUGCCAUUUCUUUCGAUGAAAGCAAUCGAAAGAAUAUUCAACAAGCGUAUGGAUCUCCCAACUUUUAUGACGGUUUUGGAAAGGUUCAAAUUGGAAACCUUUUGAAAGAUACCAACGGUAAUGCAUUAGACAUGAAAAUUUGGGAGGCCAGUUUUACAUCCUCCUCUGAAGUCUUGCGUGUGUGUUUACGAAUGAAAAAGACUGCAAAGAGUCCUUCUUCGUUUAAAGCAACAUUGGCGUGGUAUGAUAUGCCUUCGAGCAUUGCUGUGGAGCCAGCCCUUAUUCAUGACUUGGAUCUCAUCGUGAACCAAUACACGUUGGACAGCACAACAAAUACAGUCUCAAAAUUACAACUCUUAUUUGGAAAUGGAGCCAUUCAGUAUGGAGAUGACAAGAACAAUGUGGAACGCGUGAGUGUGAGUGGAAUUUCGAAUUCUGCGGUCAACUCAGAAUAUCAAAUGGUGAGCUUGCAAAUUGUCAACUAUGGCAUUACGGCGAACACCAAACAACCCUUCACUGUGUUGUCUACCUAUCCAAAAGGUGACUGGGAUUUACUUGCAUCCAGUGAAUGUGUGUAUCAAACAUCUGUAGACCCUUCACAACCUCAAAAAGGUAAUGUGGCCAUUGAGACCAACAUUUCACUUCCUCUUGCGACUACUUUGGGUAUUCUCGGAGGCAUUGCAGCGUAUGUGAGUGUGUUGGUGGCUGGAAUUAUUUUGGCCUUGAUGUAUCGUGCAUGGAGAGCAACUAAAAAAGGAAAAUCUGCUACCGUUAGUACAAAUACAUUUGCAGGAAGUUCUCAAGAGGUCGUCAUGAUGGAGGACAUGGCUGUUUCUGAAUAUUACUAUAAAAGAGAUAGUCAAUUGAAUUAA